AUGUGGUCGAUGCUUGGUUCUGCUGAGAUAGUUUUGGAUGGUUGUGGAGCUUGUCGAAAUAAAUUUCUACUAGCAAGCCCGAGCACGUGCACAGUUCCAGAUGAUGAGCUCCAUACUCUUCUUAGCAUCGCGACAACAUUCGCGCUUCUGGCAACUAUUGUCGACCAGAUAUGUCAAACGAUGCGGGUUGAUCGGUUUGCGUGCUACUCGAUUGCUACCACUCCGUUGUUAAUUGCGAUGGGCUCGUGA